AUGGCGGCGAUCGGCCGCGGCCGCUCUCUGAAGAACCUCCGAAUACGAGGGCGGAAUGACAGCGGCGAGGAGAACGUCCCGCUGGAUCUGACCCGAGAUCCUUCUGAUAACUUAAGAGAGAUUCUCCAAAAUGUGGCCAAAUUGCAAGGAGUAUCAAAUAUGAGAAAGCUAGGCCAUCUGAAUAACUUUACUAAGUUGAAUUUGCGGUUAGCUUUAUUAAAUGAAGCAAAAGAAGUGCGAGCAGCAGGGCUACGAGCGCUUCGGUAUCUCAUCCAAGACUCCAGUAUUCUCCAGAAGGUGCUAAAAUUGAAAGUGGACUAUUUAAUAGCUAGGUGCAUUGACAUACAGCAGAGCAACGAGGUAGAGAGGACACAAGCACUUCGAUUGGUCAGAAAGCGAAUUUUAGCACCCUAUACUGAUUUUCACUACAGACAUAGUCCAGAUACAGCUGAAGGACAGCUCAAAGAAGACAGGGAAGCACGGUUUCUAGCCAGUAAAAUGGGAAUCAUAGCAACAUUCCGGUCAUGGGCAGCACUUCAGAAUCCAGAGGUGGUGGCCCUUCGAGGUGGACUAAAUACCAUCUUGAAAAAUGUGAUCGAUUGCCAAUUAAGUCGAAUAAAUGAGGCCCUCAUUACUACAAUUUUGCACCUCCUUAAUCAUCCAAAGACCCGGCAGUAUGUGCGAGCUGAUGUAGAGUUAGAGGUAGGAAGUAUUAUUAAUUUAUGUAAACCUGGAAACUCGGGGAUCCAGUCUCUAAUUGGAGUACUUUGCAUACCAAAUAUGGAAAUAAGGCGAGGUCUGCUUGAAGUGCUUUAUGAUAUCUUUCGUCUUCCUCUACCUGUUGUGACUGAGGAGUUCAUAGAAGCACUGCUCAGUGUAGAUCCAGGAAGGUUCCAAGACAGUUGGAGACUUUCAGAUGGCUUUGUAGCAGCUGAGGCAAAAACUAUCCUUCCUCAUCGUGCCAGAUCCAGGCCAGACCUCAUGGAUAAUUAUUUGGCACUAAUACUCUCUGCAUUUAUUCGUAAUGGACUUUUAGAGGGUCUAGUUGAAGUGAUAACGAACAGUGAUGACCAUAUCUCAGUUAGAGCUACUAUCCUUUUAGGAGAGCUUUUACAUAUGGCAAACACAAUUCUUCCUCAUUCACAUAGCCAUCAUUUGCACUGUUUGCCAACCCUAAUGAAUAUGGCUGCAUCCUUUGAUAUCCCCAAAGAAAAAAGACUGCGAGCCAGUGCAGCUUUGAACUGUUUAAAACGCUUUCAUGAAAUGAAGAAACGAGGACCUAAGCCAUAUAGCCUCCAUUUAGAUCACAUUAUUCAGAAAGCAAUUGCAACACACCAGAAACGGGAUCAAUAUCUCCGAGUUCAGAAAGAUAUAUUUGUUCUUAAGGAUACAGAGGAAGCUCUUUUAAUGAACCUUAGAGAUAGCCAAGUCCUUCAACAUAAAGAGAAUCUUGAUUGGAAUUGGAAUCUUAUAGGGACCAUUCUUAAGUGGCCAAAUGUAAAUCUAAGAAACUAUAAAGAUGAACAGUUGCACAGGUUUGUACGAAGACUACUUUAUUUUUACAAGCCUAGCAGUAAAUUAUAUGCCAACCUGGAUCUGGAUUUUGCUAAGUCCAAGCAGCUCACAGUUGUGGGUUGCCAGUUUACAGAAUUUCUUCUCGAGUCCGAAGAGGAUGGGCAAGGAUACUUAGAAGAUCUAGUAAAGGAUAUUGUUCAGUGGCUCAAUGCCUCAUCUGGAAUGAAACCUGAAAGAAGUCUUCAAAAUAAUGGUUUAUUGACUACCCUUAGUCAACACUACUUUCUAUUUAUUGGAACACUUUCUUGCCACCCUCAUGGAGUCAAAAUGCUAGAAAAAUGCAGUGUAUUUCAAUGUCUCCUUAAUCUUUGCUCUUUGAAAAACCAAGAUCACUUGCUAAAGCUGACUGUUUCUAGCUUGGACUAUAGCAGAGAUGGAUUGGCUAGAGUCAUCCUUUCCAAAAUCCUAACUGCAGCUACUGAUGCCUGCAGGCUAUAUGCAACAAAACAUUUAAGGGUAUUAUUGAGAGCUAAUGUUGAAUUCUUCAAUAAUUGGGGAAUUGAGUUACUAGUGACCCAGCUACACGAUAAAAACAAAACGAUUUCUUCUGAAGCUCUCGAUAUCCUCGAUGAAGCAUGUGAAGACAAGGCUAAUCUUCAUGCUCUUAUUCAGAUGAAGCCAGCUUUAUCCCACCUUGGAGACAAGGGUUUACUUCUCCUCCUGAGAUUCCUCUCCAUUCCAAAAGGGUUUUCCUAUCUGAAUGAAAGGGGUUAUGUAGCAAAACAAUUGGAAAAGUGGCACAAGGAAUAUAAUUCAAAAUAUGUUGACUUGAUUGAGGAACAACUUAAUGAAGCACUUACUACUUAUCGGAAACCUGUUGAUGGUGAUAACUAUGUUCGCCGGAGUAACCAAAGAUUACAGCGUCCUCAUGUCUACCUGCCUGUACACCUUUAUGGACAACUGGUACACCAUAAAACAGGCUGCCAUUUGCUGGAAGUACAGAAUAUUAUUACAGAACUUUGUCACAACGUUCGUACACCAGAUUUGGAUAAAUGGGAAGAAAUUAAAAAACUGAAAGCAUCUCUUUGGGCCUUGGGAAAUAUUGGUUCAUCAAAUUGGGGUCUCAAUUUGCUACAAGAAGAAAAUGUGAUUCCAGAUAUACUAAAACUUGCCAAACAGUGUGAGGUUCUUUCCAUCAGAGGGACCUGUGUAUACGUACUCGGGCUCAUAGCUAAAACCAAACAAGGCUGUGAUAUUCUAAAAUGUCACAACUGGGAUGCUGUGAGGCAUAGUCGCAAACAUUUGUGGCCAGUGGUUCCAGAUGAUGUGGAACAACUCUGUAAUGAACUUUCAUCUAUCCCAAGCACUCUAAGUUUGAACUCAGAGUCAACCAGCUCUAGACAUAAUAGCGAAAGUGAAUCUGCGCCAUCGAGUAUGUUCAUACUGGAAGAUGACCGAUUUGGCAGCAGCUCUACUAGUACGUUUUUCCUUGACAUCAAUGAAGAUGCAGAGCCAGCAUUUUUUGACCGAUCUGGACCCAUAAAGGAUAAAAAUUCAUUCCCUUUCUUUGCUUCCAGUAAACUUGUGAAGAAUCGUAUCUUAAAUUCACUUACUUUGCCUAAUAAAAAACAUCGUAGUAGCAGUGAUCCAAAAGGAGGGAAACUGUCAUCUGAAAAUAAGACAAGUAACAGACGAAUCAGAACACUUACGGAGCCCAGUGUUGACUUUAAUCACAGUGAUGAUUUUACACCCAUCUCCACCGUACAGAAAACAUUACAAUUAGAAACUUCAUUUGUUGGGAAUAAGCACAUCGAAGACAUUGGUAGUACUCCAAGUAUUGGAGAAAAUGACUUAAAAUUCAACAAGAGUUUUGGCGUAGAGAAUCACAGAGAAAACACAAGCCGAGAGAGAUUAGUUGUAGAAAGUUCAACGAGCUCACAUAUGAAGAUUCGUAGCCAAAGUUUUAAUACAGACACUACAACAAGUGGCAUAAGUUCAAUGAGCUCAAGUCCUUCCCGAGAGACUGUAGGUGUAGAUGCUACAACUAUGGACACGGACUGUGGAAGUAUGAGUACUGUGGUAAGUACUAAAACUGUGAAGACAAGUCACUAUUUGACGCCACAGUCUAACCAUCUCUCUCUCUCCAAAUCAAACUCAGUGUCCCUGGUGCCUCCAGGUUCUUCUCAUACACUUCCUAGAAGAGCGCAGUCCCUUAAAGCACCCUCUAUUGCUACAAUUAAAAGUCUAGCAGAUUGUAACUUUAGUUACACAAGUUCUAGAGAUGCCUUUGGUUAUGCUACACUGAAGAGAUUACAGCAACAAAGAAUGCAUCCAUCCUUGUCUCACUCUGAAGCCUUGGCAUCUCCAGCAAAAGAUGUGCUGUUCACUGAUACCAUCACCAUGAAGGCCAACAGUUUUGAGUCCAGAUUAACACCAAGCAGGAUCGAUUUUAAAAAGAAGCAUGUCGGGGGAAUCAGGAGCUUAAGACCUACAAUAACAAACAACCUUGUCAGGUUCAUGAAAGCUUUAAGUUAUGCAUCAUUAGAUAAAGAAGAUUUAUUAAGCCCUAUUAAUCAAAAUACCCUGCAGCGAUCCUCCUCAGUGAGAUCCAUGGUGUCCAGUGCUACAUAUGGUGGCUCAGAUGAUUACAUUGGUCUUGCUCUCCCAGUAGACAUCAAUGAUAUAUUCCAGGUAAAGGAUAUUCCUUAUUUUCAGACAAAAAACUUACCUCCACAUGAUGAUCGAGGUGCAAGAGUAUUUGCCCAUGAUGCAGGAGGUCUUCCAUCUGGAACUGGAGGUCUUGUAAAAAACUCUUUUCACUUGCUACGACAGCAGAUGAGUCUUACGGAAAUAAUGAAUUCAAUCCAUUCAGAUGCUUCUUUGUUUUUAGAAAGUACAGAAGACACUGGACUACAGGAACAUACAGAUGAUAACUGCCUUUAUUGUGUCUGUAUCGAAAUUCUGGGUUUCCAGCCCAGUAACCAACUAAGUGCGAUAUGUAGUCAUUCAGACCUUCAAGAUAUUCCAUAUUCUGAUUGGUGUGAACAGACUAUCCACAAUCCCUUGGAAGUGGUUCCCUCUAAGUUUUCAGGGAUUUCUGGAUGCAGUGAUGGGGUGUCUCAAGAAGGCUCAGCUAGCAGCACCAAAAGCACAGAAUUGUUACUAGGUGUUAAAACAAUUCCAGAUGAUACACCAAUGUGCCGUAUACUCCUUCGAAAAGAAGUUUUAAGAUUAGUCGUUAAUUUGAGUAGUUCAGUUUCAACUAAAUGUCAUGAAACUGGGCUUUUAACAAUUAAGGAGAAGUAUCCUCAGACAUUUGACGACAUAUGCCUUUACUCUGAGGUUUCCCAUUUGCUGUCCCACUGCACAUUUAGACUUCCAUGUCGAAGGUUCAUACAAGAAUUAUUUCAAGAUGUACAGUUUUUACAAAUGCAUGAAGAAGCAGAGGCUGUGUUGGCAAUACCACCAAAGCAACCUAUAGUUGAUACAUCUGCUGAAUCCUGA